UUGAAAAGAUAUCUUUUAUAAAACAUAAAAUAAAUUUUAAAAAAAUAGAAAAAUUAACAUAAAUAUUUUUAAUUUGGCAUCAAUUGGCUAACAUUUUUACGGGGAAAAAAUUUAUUUCAGAAAUAUAUAAAACAAUUUGACUUUGUAUGACUUUCUUGGAAUUUUAAGGCACACAAGAUAUGGCAGAAAAAAUGAUGGGCAGAAUAAACGACGUGGCUCAGACAGGUACAAUGAAUCCGUAUAACAAUUAUUCGUCGAAUUUCUACGAGGAUGCCAAUGCGGAGAUGCUCAAAGCUUCCAAAAUCGUACCAACAAAUUCGUGUUCAACAGCUGGUGAAAGUAGCGAAAAUUUAGCGGGCCAGUUAUGGGGCGAUACCGUGACCGGUCAAACCUUUUACGGAUCGAUGCUGGAUGAGAGAUUCAAGAGCUACGUAGAUGGAUUAAUCGAACCCCUCUACUGGAAUGGGAUACUAUACCCCGGGUUGAUAUUCAAACCUCAGGUGUUUGCCGAUUUACAAAAUUACCAAUUUCAACCCGAAGAUAUUAUUAUCGCGACGUAUCCCAAAUCUGGUACAACGUGGACAGCGGAAAUCGUGUCGCUAUUGAUGCAUCCUGACGAUGAGUCUUACGCGAAAAAUCUAGAUAUAUCCCAAAGAGUCAUACAUUUCGAAGCACCGCCGGAGCGAAAUGUCAAAAAUUUGGAUUCGAUACCUAAACCUAGAAUAUUCCAAACUCAUCUUCAACACCCUUACUUACCACCUUCCAUCAUAAGAUCGCAAUGCAAGAUCAUUUAUGUCCUGAGAAAUCCUAAAGACGUGGCAGUAUCAUUCUUUCACCAUCAUAGAAUGGCACUUGAAGUGGGAUAUUUCAACAAAGAUUUCAAACAUUUUUUGAGUUUAUUCUUAGAAGGAAAAAUAAUCCUGGGGUCCUGGUUUGAUCACGUGAAGUCUUAUUGGAAAAGGAAAGACGAUACUAACCUACUAAUCGUACGCUACGAAGACAUGAUAAAUAAUUUAAACGAAGUUAUAAUGACGAUCAGUAAAUUUUUGGGAGUGUCAUUAAGCCGAUCUCAAAUCGCGAACGUAAGCAACGCGUGCACAUUCGAAAAAAUGAAGGACAACGAAAGAGUGAACAGGAAUUGGGUCCCACUGUUUGACCAAACCAAGAGUAAAUUCAUAAGAAAAGGGAUCAUUGGGGAUUGGAAAAACCAUUUCAGCCAAGAAGACAAUAAUAUUUUUGAUACGAUAUACAAGUCGAAAAUGGACGAAAUCUCGGAUUUAGAUUUUAUCUACGAAUAAAUUCGUUUAUAUAAUACAAAAAUUUCAAAAAAAUCGUAAUA